AUGAUGUCGCGUCAGCGGGUUUGCCAAAUGUCACAUCUUGCGGCUAGGUUUGUCGGCGGGGCCGAUGUUCACGUCGUUGAUCCGGUUGUGGAUUUGAGGAAAGUGUUUGAACAAGAGGAACGCUUAAAAUACUCGAUUGACUCGAGAAAUCUGAAAAUAGACUUGGAAAAAGUGAAAAUGGAUUACAAUGAAUGGUUCAGCAUUUACAAACAAUGGAAGGAUAUAACAGAUAAGGAGGCUUCAAACAUUUUAAAAAGGAAUAUGCGGGAAAAGAAGGACGGUUUGCUUAAUGCAUUAGCUCUUCCAAAUUUUAUCAAUCAUAUUGGAACGAAGCCAACGACAAUUCUAAAAUCUUCAAAACAUGCUCAAUAUCUAGCUCAGCAGGGUUUGAUGCGAAUCGACAAAAUCAAUCACGUUGUGCAUUUGGUUGGAUUCCCGGCGACUGUUCAGAAAAUGAUCAAGCAACAAUUAAUCGAGCUUUUCUCGUUUUGUCACCAAAUGAGCCCUUCGUAUUUCGCGCGGUCUGCAAUUCUUGAAGCGCUGAACGUCGACAAAAAGAAAUAUCUCUCAUUUUCUGAUGGAUCGACUCAUUUCCCACUAACAUAUUUGGUUGGAAAUUCGCUGGCUUCGAUGGUAACCCCAUUCAUCAAAAUCCAAUUCACCGAGAACAAUCAGUGGCCGAUUAGUAUGCAAUGUGCUGGCGCUGGCUAUACGCAAAAGAAAAAUGAAAUUGAUUUGAUCCACUCGAGACAACGAAUGAAACACUGCAUUCUGAAUAUGACACAAACUUCCGAAGAAAUUGAAAUGCUUGUGAAUGAAGCAAACGUGCGAAUUGGUGCCUACCUUGAUGAAGCUCUUGGUCUUGAAGUCGAAGUCCGGGAACUUCGAGGAAGCGAGCUUGAAAACUACGAGUCGCAGGCUUAUGUAAUUGAGAAUCGCGGAUUGGCUCUUUCCAGGAUUGCAAGAAUUGAUGACUAUGUCGCCCAACGACUGAACAUUUGUCACGCUGGAGUUGAAAAAACCGACACGACCGCAGCAAUUGAUAGUGGAUUCGUCCAGAUGGCCUAUAUUCAAACCGACAUUGAUCGAAUCAUUGCGAGGCUUAUCGACGACCUGAUUGAAGGAAAAGAGCCUCCGAAGUUGCUUCGUGAUGCCAUUAAACGAACCGCGUAA